CUUCCUGAAGGCCAGACCAAAGACUCAGAAAAGGAUAUCCAACGCUUGAGCAACCAUGGCUGGGAAACCAAAACUCUACUACUUCAACGGAAGAGGGAGAAUGGAAUCCAUCCGCUGGCUGUUAGCAGCAGCUGGUGUGGAGUUUGAAGAAGAAUUUUUAGAAACCAGAGAACAAUAUGAAAAAUUAAUCAAAGAUGGAUGCCUGCUCUUUCAACAAGUGCCCAUGGUUGAAAUCGAUGGGAUGAGGCUAGUGCAGACCCGAGCCAUUCUCAACUAUGUUGCUGCAAAACACAACCUCUACGGGAAGGAUUUGAAGGAGAGAGCACUAAUUGAUAUGUAUGUAGAAGGAACAACAGACCUGAUGGGAAUGAUCAGGGUUCAUCAUAAAUCACCUCAGAAGGAAAAGGACCUUAGCUUAAUUAUUGAACGAGCCACAAAGAGAUACUUCCCGGUUUAUGAGAAGGUUUUGAAAGACAGUGGACAACACUUCCUUCUUGGGUGCCAGAUGACUUGGGCUGAUGUCCAGCUGAUAGAGACUAUACUGAUGGCAGAAGAAAAGGAGUCCACCAUUCUCUCACAGUUUCCUCUGCUGCAGGCCUUUAAAGCAAGAAUGUGUGAUGUUCCCACAAUAAAGAAGUUUCUGGAGCCUGGUAGUCAAAGGAAGCCUCCACCUGAUGAAAAACUUGUAGCAACAGCAAAUCGAGUUUUCAACAGGAAAUAAAAAUCCAGUGUUUGUUAAGUGGUACUAGAAUUCUACCUACAAAGGGGCUGUUCUUAUCUGUGUCCAGACUGGCAUUUAUAGAGUACUUCUAGGUAAUCAGUUGGCUUCAGGUUAACGGAUACAAAUUUAAAAUUAAUACU